CCCCAUCCUUUUCAGCUCUUCAUUUUACCCACCCGACCACAAUCAAUCUUCAUUCCCUCUGCCACAUCAACCGGGGACGCGAGGCUUGCCCCUUGCAUCGAGUCUCACUGACGAUUUCUUAUUUCUUCACAGCUAGCAAGCGACCCCACUUUCAUGUCGCUACUAGACAACUCCAUGUUGGGCGACCUGGACCCGACCCCCAUGAACCUUGACGACACAACCGCAUCGCAUAAUGGAGUCAUGUCUCCCUUCAAUCAGUUCAAUCACCAUAUGAACAACCAGAUAGACGACCAGCUCGACAAACAAUUCAACAGCCAGCUAAUCGGCCAACUCAAUACUCAGUUGAGCACGCCUCCUAUUUCCACCGGUCCGAUCAUGUACGAUGAUGCCGUAGCGGCGGGUGUCCCCCAACAAUCCGUGAGCCAACUCACGCCGGCCGCAACCGUAUUCAGCGGUACAGGCGAUGACAGUACGGUCGGCGGUCCCGGCGCGGGCCCUUCGCCCCAAAGCGGCAGAAACUUCACUCCACAGCCGGCGACGACCACCUCGACAACGACAACAACAACAACAACAAUAGCAGCAACAACAGCAGCAACAACAACUGCAACAGCACCAGCAACAAACAACUCCUCGAACCCGUCCGGCGGGAGUACCUUGACCGAGUUCACCAAGAGGCGAAACUGGCCGGCCAAGGUGGUCGAGGAGCUCCGGGACUUCCUACAAAUCCUCGACGCCAACGGCCGCAUCCGGUUCGUGUCGCCGAGCAUCCUAGGGCUAACGGGCUACACGGGGGACGAGAUCACGGACAAGUUCAUCAAGGACUACGUGCACCCGGACGACGUGGGCGUGUUCGUGGCGGAGCUCAACGAGUCGAUCGCGACCGCGAACCCGCUGCGCAUCUUCUACCGCUUCCGCAGGAAGGACGGCAGCUACGCCGUCUUCGAGGCCGUCGGCCACGCCCACAUCGCGUCGGCCAAGUUCGCGCCCAACCCGCACAACAAGUCCGCCUUCUGCCAGGCCGUCUUCAUGAUGGCCCGCCCGUACCCGACCAAGAACGCCGCCCUGCUCGACUCGUUCCUCGAGCACAAGAUCGAGAACGAGCGGCUACGGCGCCGCAUCGCACAGCUGCGCAGGGAGGAGGAGGUGGAGAAUGAGGAGUCGCAGAGGCAGUGGAUGCUGAGUUGGUCGGGGCGGUCGGAUACCUCGACGAGCGUGCCGGGGACGACGAAUCCCCGCUCCCCUGCGGCGGCGGCCGCCGCAGCAGUAGCAGGAGCAGGAGCAGCAGCAGCAGCAGCAGGGACAGUGGCGGUACCUCCCCCUCCGGGCUCGGACGGCGCGAUGCAGGGGCAGAUGCAGGUGCAGGUGCCUAUGCAGAUGCAGCAGCCGCAGCCGCCGCUGCCGCUGUCCGACGCGGCGGGGUUCAACCCGACGCUGACGCGCGACGCGCUGGAACGCGUGGCCAAUAGCCGGCCCGACUCGUUGACGGAGAAGAUGGCCCGCUACGAGGGGUCGCACGCCGACACCAUCGAGAUGCUUACGGGGUUGCGGUACGUCGAGGGCGAGCGGAGCCGGGGGAUCACGACGGGGGUGGCCAGCCCGGCGCUGAUCAAGGGCGAUGCGGGGAUCGCGAUCCCGGCGGGAAGAGACUUCAGGGCGGGAGAUAAGAAGAAGAAGCAGAAGACGGUGGAGGAAUACGUUUGCACGGAUUGCGGUACCCUCGAUUCCCCCGAAUGGCGCAAGGGUCCCAACGGUCCUAAAACGUUAUGCAACGCCUGCGGUCUGCGGUGGGCCAAGAAGGAGAAGAAAAACAAGCACAAUGGCAAUGGCCAUGCCACUGGCGAAGCGAUGCAACCCGAACCGUCAGGAGUCGGGAAUAGCUGAAAGGGAAGAGACGAAAAAAAUCGAAACAAACAAAAGCA